AAUUAUUUCUAUUCAAUGUCAGAACAUUAUUUAAAACCACGAAUGAUCAACAAUCAAGAAACUACGCCCAAGAGAAUGUUUGUGAAUCAAAAUCAAUCAUACACUCAACAAUAUUUCAAUUAAAGUCCAAUAUAUCACACCCCAGAUAGAGCUAUGAAGCAGCCUUUUCGAAAUCCCAAUUAAAGUGUAAUUUCCAUCAUUUAAAUUUAGUAUAAUGAGAUUUCUGAAGUAUUUCGUAGAUAAUAAUAAAGUCAAUAUCCUCCUACAUAUUAAUCUAGUUAAAUUUCUAUUCAAUAGGAUUUCAACAAUACUAGUAAAUAGAUGGAUUAACUCAUUAAAAGAUAAGAUAAUUCUAUCACUCAAGAUUCUAGUUGGUUUUAAUAGAAAAUAAAUAAUAUCAGUCCAAAUAUUCAAUUACAUAGAAUAGAAAGAGAAAGAGAAAAAAAUAAACGAGAUUCAUCAUAACCCUUCUAUGAUAAUAACCAUUAGGUUACUGAUAGAAAUCUAAGGCUCGUUAAAGUUUUUAUUUAUUUCUAUUAAGUUCGAAGAAAAGGCUUCUGGUAGUAAGAGUGAUAAUGAAAAAAUAAAGUAAAUUUUGCUUGAUGAAUAAAUGAAACUAAAAAUGCAAAUAGAUGAGUUUAAGAUAAAGAUAAAUAAACAGGACUCAAAAAUAGCAGAACUUGAAAAAUAAAAUAAACAAUUAAAAACUCAAUUAAGCGAAAAAAGUCAAGAAGUGAAAACCCUUUAGUAAUCGCAUAUUUCGUAAUCCAAAUUAUAAGAGAUCUAAGAUUAACAAAUGAAGAAAUUCUAAAGGAUAUACGAGCAAUUAACUCAAUAAAACGAUGAUUUAAGGGAAGAAAAUAAUCAGCUAAAAUUACUCUUAUUAUAGUAAUAAUUAAUGUAAUAAAUAUUAGAGUUGAUAAUUAUUCUUCUGUUUCUAGAUCAAUUAUCAGCAAGAAGAAUUCAGAACAAGAAUUUCAAUUGAUCAGCCAACAUGAUAAUAUCAAAGAAAUAAUAGAUCAAUUUUUAAAAGGAAUAUCUGAUAAACUGUUGUCUAUUACACAAGAUUCUACAAUUCAGAAUAUCUUUAUUUAAUUCAGAGAUAUAAUAAAUUCAUUAUAAUUCAAUUAGCAUCAAAAAUUAGACUUUCAGAUGCUCAAAGAUACGGACUUUAUGAGAAUGAAAAAAUAAAGUGAGGAUAUCAUUACAGUGCCGGAAUUGAAUUAAAAGGCUGAUCAUCUAAUAAGAGAGAUCAAAUAGAAAAUGGAAUAAAUGGCAUCCUUAAAGGUAAAUAUAUCAAUAAUAUAGACAGGACGGGGAUUAGAGGAAGAAUGCUCUAAAAGAAGAUAUUGAUAGAUUAUAAAAGGAAUAUGAUGGUAUUCAGAUUCUUGUGACAGAAUAAUCAGAUUAUUUGGAUAAAAAUGCCCCUAAUUUGCAUAGAAAUAGUAUAAUCUCAUUUGAUCAAAAUUUUGAUGGUGAGGAACAAUAAUGA